AUAAUAUUUACUAGGGAAGAGGGAAGAGAAGUGGUGAAGUGACCAGAGUUCACAGAGGAGAGGACAGAGUGACAUCCCACGAUUACAUAAACUCACAGGGGCUGCCAAGGAGGGCAACAAGCGUGUGGUAUGUGGAAGCCGCGUACAAGUGGGCCUUAGAAACUACGGAAUCUAUCGACUAUGGAGCCUGUGCUUGGCUUGUUGCUGGUGUUGCUGACGCCGGCGCACGCCUCCCCCGCCAUGCCAGAGCCCUGCGAGCUGGAUGAGCAGGGCGUCCACUGCUCCUGCAACUUCUCAGAUCCGCAGCCGGAUUGGUCCAACGCUUUUCUGUGUGCCGGGGCGCGGGACGUGGAAUUCUACGGCGGCGGCCGCAGCCUGGAGCCCUUUCUAAAGCGCGUGGACACCGAAGCCGACCUGGGACAGUUCACAGAUGUGGUCAGGUCCCUGCCCUGGCAACGGCUUACAGUGGGGGACGCGCGCGUUCCCGCUCCGAUGCUGUUCGGAGUCCUGCGUAUGCUCGGGUAUUCCGGCCUCAAGGAACUAACUCUCGAAAACCUCGAGGUAACCAGCACCACGCUGCCGCCGCUUCAGGAAGCCACCGGCCCCGAUCUCAACACCCUGAGCCUCAGCAACGUGUCGUGGGCGACAGAGGAUGGCUGGCUCGCAGAGCUGCAGCAGUGGCUAAAGCCUGGACUCAAGGUAUUGCGUAUUGCCCAGGCACAUUCACUCAACUUUUCCUGCGCACAGGUCCGAGUCUUCCCCUCCCUAGUCACCCUAGACCUGUCUGACAACCCCGAAUUGGGCGAGCGAGGGCUGAUCUCGGCUCUGUGUCAGCGCAAGUUCCCGGCUCUCCAAGUUCUAGCACUGCGCAACACAGGGAUGGAGACGGCCAGCGGCGUGUGCUCUGUGCUGGCCGCCGCAAGUGUGCAGCUGCAAGGACUGGACCUUAGUCACAAUUCACUGCGGCAUACCGCAAGCGCUCCCGGGUGUGACUGGCCUAGCAAGCUAAACUCGCUCAAUCUGUCUUUCACUGAACUACAGCAAGUACCCCAGGGACUUCCAACCAAACUCAACGUGCUUGAUCUCAGUUACAACCAGCUGGAUAGUAAACCGAGGCCAGAUGAGCUGCCCAAGGUGGAUAACCUGUUACUUGAAGGAAACCCCUUUCUAGAAUACGAACCCCACUCCGGGAAGUAUGACUCUGUUGUGGUGACAGCCCCAGUGCGUUUAACCCUGGCAGUGAGUGUGUCAGGAACUUUGGCUGUGCUCCAAGGAGCUGGCCUUUUUGCCUAAUACCAAAGGAAGUAAAAGGAACAUUUACCUUGUCCUGGCUUCUGAGGGUCCUGGUCAGGAUGAUCAGAACUUCUUGACCAAUGAAUCCUCUGCCUUUCAGUUAUUAAAAUGUCAAACCACGAUGUAAGGGAGAAAAGAGAGUCUAGGCGGUUCAAUGGGUUAAGACCACCAAGUUUGACUCCUGGUUUUGAUCCUCAAGAUCCACACAGAGGGAAAGAACUCACUCCUGAAAGUUGUCCAUAGGAGCUCCACAUACCUGCUGUGACACAGUGGUGUAUGUGUGUGUGUGUGUAUACAUACAAAUGUGCUCACAAAAUAAAUAUUUUUAAAGUUA